AUGGAUUUUUACUUGGAAAUUGACCCUGUAACCUUGAACUUGAUCAUCCUGGUAGCUAGUUAUGUUAUUCUGCUUUUGGUGUUUCUGAUUUCUUGCGUGCUAUAUGACUGUAGGGGGAUAGAUCCCAGUAAGGAAUAUGCUCCUGAGAUUCCUACGGAUUCCCAGCCUCCAAUCCGAUUGGUGGUGAUGCAACAGAACUGCCCUGGUACCCGCUGGGCAAAAGGACUUGUCUCUGCUUAUGAAAAUUCUUCUGAUCUGCCAGGGAAAAGAACUACUGUGGUUUAGGGGCCCACCAAUUGCUUCUGAGCUCUAGUAUCUAUCGUUAAGCUUGCCUCAUCUGCCAUGUUUACGUUCAGUUCGCAAAUGGAUAAUACACCAGCAAGGUAAGUUGAAACACUGACUGAUUUGAU